AUGUCCUCCAACGGUACGGCACCGUCCAACGCCGCGCCGACAAUGCGUGGCAGCGGCCGUGUCCUCGUGGCCUGCGACAGCUGCCGCCUGCGCAAGUCCCGCUGCGACGGACUGCGGCCUCGCUGCAGCCACUGCGUCCAGUCCGGCCGCACGUGCUUCUACCGGCCGACACCCGCCGGCCUCGAGUCUGAUGCGUCCGUGCUGGCCCGUCUCGCCGACACGGAGGCGCGGCUGCAGGCACUCGAGGACAAGAACCGCAUGCUUCUGGCGGCGUUUCCGGCGCUGUCGUCACCCGGGACUGUGGCCGCAAACUCGCUGGCCACAAGUCAAGGCCAGGCCCAGAGUCUGCAGAGCAACCAAAAUCAGAGCCAGGAUCAGAGCCAGGAUCAGAGCCAGCCGGACCGCCAAAACGCCGACGCAUCCGACGACAGCACUCUCACGCCGCCGGACCUGCACACGGCCGCCGCAUUCCAGCUGCUGACUCGCUGGCCGCGGCUGACGAUCAACAUGACCAUCCCCGGGCACGACACGCAGACGUACCUGACGCGCUGCGACCAGGCCGACGCGCUGCUGGAGCGGGCUGGGAGCGAUGAUGCCCGCAGAAGCCUUGACACAGACGAUACCUAUGCGCCCUGGCAGGCCAUCCUGGCCCUCGAGCAGCUGUACGAUCGCAACAUCUCGCAGAACCUACCCCUGGCCAUAGCAGCCCUGCUGGAGGCGGUGCCAUUGCUGCAGCGGGACCAUGUCCUGGCCAGCUUUGCUGCGAUCUUCCAUGGCAGGGACAACAGCCAAAGCCGGCCGGUGCCGUCCACCGAUGCCAUGGACGCCGAUGUGGACCUUGUGGAGGAGGCGACCAUGGCGGCGGCCACACAGCCGCAGCCGUUUCACGGCGGCCGCAUUCACAGUCCGAAUAACCACCACCACGAACAUCAACAGCAACAACAGCGCCACCCCGCCGGCCAGUCGCCGGCCAUCGACUACGACCGCAUGUCAUUCGCCCAGCUCCUGAUGUACUCCAUUGCUGCGCGCGUGUGCAUAGGCUCCAACGGGAAGGACACUCCGCACCGCCCGCGCCAACGCACGCCCUUUGACCCGCCCUCGGACCCGUCGCUCAUGGCCCUGUCGGCACACACCUGCAGCCUGGCCCUCCAGAAGCUGUGGACGCUGCAGGCGGGGCCAGCCGAAGAUCGCGUGCCGCUUGUGCUGUUCCUGGCCCAUUACCUGGCCGACUUUUGGGUGCGGCCGUUCCACGCGCGCGGACUGCUCCAGUCCAUCGAUCCAGCCAUCAAGCACAUGGCCAUGAUGCAGCCAGACGAUCCACUGGUCACACUGUACGCGCGGCUGCACUUUACUCUUGAGAGCGACAUCAUCACCGAACUCAACGGUUUCUGUACAUUGUCGAGCGCAGCCUUGCUCGCCAUGCCAGCGUUGGAGACGGCCAGCGCCGCCUCGACGGUUCCUGUGUCCUCUCUUCUCCAUCCCGCCUCACCUCCCACGUCAUCCGCGCCCGCCUCACCGGACAUCGAGAGCCACCAGCAGCACAACGCCCUUCAACGACCACCGCCACAACGGCCACUGGCAUCCCAUGUCAAAAAUCAUGUCCGCCUGCGCAUCCUGCUCAACCGCAUCCUGCAUUUGCUCUAUAGCCCGACCAGGGCCUACGCCCAGCCACAUGAGCUCGCCGACAUCGUGGCGCGCCUGAGCGCCAGUCUGCGUGCAUGGUAUCAGGCACAGCCGCCCGGCCAGCAAUUCGUUCGCGAUGCCACUGUCUUUCGUAUCCACCAGCCGUCCACCACGACAACGACAACAACGAUGCCCUUCCGGCUGCGCGAGACCGCCCUGCGCUACUUUGGCUGCGUCUUUUUGCUCCACCGCCCCGUCCUCUACUAUUUCUUGCACAACGACCUCGAGAACGCCGCCCGGCCGCCCGGCCACGUCCGCGCCCUGCACGUCGACCGCGAGCCCUGGGUCCUCGAGUCGUGCCGCGACUGCAUCGAGAGCGCCGCCCUCUUGAUUCACCUGUCGUUCCCGACGCCCGAAGAGCGCGGCACGUCCGCCGGCACCGGCGGCGGGCUGUGCGUCGAAGACGUCUUCGGGUCGUGGUGCGGUCUGCAGAUGCUCUUUGCCGCCUACUUGAUUUUGCUGCAGGUCCGCGUCGUGCCCAGCCUGCGGCCCGUGUUCCGCAACGUGGGCGACGCGGACGCGCUGCUGGACAAGGUCGAGCGGGCGUUUGCGACGCACCCGGUGCGGCGGUCGCUGGUGCUGGACACGAGCCUGGCCAUUCUGCAGGACGAGCGGCGCAACUUUGCCGCGGCGACGCCCUAG